CGCUGUGUCGUGGUGUUUAUUGUGGUCCAUAUGGGGAUAUUAUGUAUGUUUAAUGUUUCCUCCUAAAAGUUGACAUCGGGUUUCUUGGUUUCUUUAUGAAAAAUACAUACAUAAAUCUUAAAACCGCAGGUGGCAAAAAAAAGAAGCGAAAAAAAAAAAAACGUACAGCCAUCAUCAUCAUCAUCAUCUGUUUUGCGUUGACGGGUACACGGGAGAGAAAGGGUUAAGAGUCACAUGGUAGCGGGUGGUAUUAUCAGCCCUGGGCUGUAAAAAAAAAAAAAAAAAAAAAAAAAAAGAGAGAGAGAGAGUAUGUGGAAGAGAGAAAAAAAACCUUGGGAGAACAAAGAAAUCAGAGUCUAUUUAAAGAGAAGUCGCCCCGGAUCCUGCAGCCGUGUGACUCCCGGCACUGCGCCCCGCACUCAGCUGCGCCAGAACCAGCCUGCCUGUGCACCACCACGGCUCGGGACGGCGGUGAGGAUGCGGACAUCUCUGCUCGUGUGCUGCUGCGUCUUCGCGGUGCAACUUCUCCCGAGCACGCUUUGUCUUCCAGCGCGAGGAUCCAGCAGGUACAAGGUGGCACCGUUCUCUGAAAAGUUCCCCGACCUGAAGAAGAGGGGAAAGGUUCCUCAUGCUCAGGAUUUAGUAAAGGAGACGAGUUUGACAACCAGCGCCUCAAACACAUGGAACCGACCUCGCUGUGGCGUGCCCGACUACCCCAACCAGAAGAAAUCGCAUUACCGAGGGCAACACCGCCAGAGACGCUUCGUCCUGUAUGGAGGACGCUUGGAAAAGACGGACCUCACGUACAGGAUUGUCCGGUUUCCCUGGCAGAUGGACGAGGAGAAGGUUCGACGUGUCUUCCGAGAGGCCCUGAAAAUCUGGAGUGAUGUUACCCCGCUCACCUUCACAGAGGUCCGCAGUGGGAGGGCCGACAUCCGCAUCGACUUCACAAGGUACUGGCAUGGAGACAAUCUUCCCUUCGACGGCCCGGGUGGGAUCCUCGCUCACGCCUUCUUCCCAAAAACGCACCGACAGGGCGACAUUCACUUCGACUACGACGAGUCAUGGACCCUCGGAAACCACAUGGGCACAGACCUUCUCCAGGUUGCUGCCCAUGAGUUCGGGCACGUCCUGGGCCUGCAACACUCCCGCGAGCAGGGAGCCAUCAUGUCCGCAUACUACUCCUUCUCCUACCCGCUGAGGCUGAGCGAGGAUGACAGGCAAGGCAUCCAGUACCUGUACGGACCUCACCCGCAAGUCCUGCCCACGCCGCCACCGCCACCCCCGCCUCCACCUCCAACAAACCCAGAGUCCAAUGAAAUCAUCCCGAAUCCCGACGCCUGCCAGACGGACUUUGAUGCCGUGUCUAUGAUCCGAGGGGAGCUGUUCUUCUUUAAGUCGGGAUACGUGUGGCGAAUCAGGGACGGGCAUCUGCAGAGCGGUUACCCAGCACUGGCGUCCCGUCACUGGAGGGGGAUUCCUGACAACAUCGAUGCCGCCUUUGAAGACAAGUCAGGGAAUAUUUGGUUCUUUCAAGGUGAGAACUACUGGGUGUUCGAUGCUGAGCGGCAGAUCAGUGGACCGGAGUCCAUCAGGAAUUUGGGUUUGUCAGUGUCCGGGAUCCAGGCGGCACUGCGCUGGGGCCACGACUCCAACUACAACACCUACUUCUUCAAGGGAGGCGGCUACUGGAGGUUCAGCCCCCGGGAGAACCGAGUUGAGUCCGUCUACCCGCGCAGCAUGCAGGACUGGAGCGGCAUCCCCAGCGAUGUGGAUGCCACUUUCAGGGACAUCUAUGGCUACGCUCACUUUAUCCAAGGACGAAAGUACUGGAAAUUCGAUCCAGUCGGCAUGAACUCUUUGGAGGGUUACCCUCGCUACAUCGGCGUGGAUUUUUUCGGCUGUAGAAACGUGUGAGUCUCUAACCUGUGGAGAAUCAGAUUAAGUUUUUUUUUUUUCUUCUUGUCCUUCUUCUUUUUUGACAAUGAAGAGGAAUUUUUUUUGGAACAGAGACAUUUGUAUGCUCAAGGGGAAUGAGACAAUCUCCUUUCAAAUCUGGUUAUGCUUUACUCCAUUUAUUGAUACUCAGAUCAGUUACACCUUCUUCUCAGGAAAAACCAAGGUAUGUUUCCUCAGACUUGGCACCCCCUGUGCAGCUAUACUCAUAUUUAUUUUGCACAUUUGUCACCACGCGGCUGAGAUCUGGGCCCUGUAUUUUUGAUGUGUGAUGCUGAUGUGAACCGCAUCGUUCUCACCUCCUGUCUUUGAGCCUGAAACUCAGUUUUUUCUUACCGAUUUUGGUUCACAGACAGAACCAGUACUGACUGUCUCACUCCCUGUAGUGGAUGUUUUCCAUUUCAACUUUUUGGGUUUUUUUUAACAUGGAUGGACUUGCUGAUCCUCAGGUGUUUGAAGAGUGACAUCAAACUUUUAGCGGCAGCAGGUAGCUUUAUCAGAGUUAACUUUAAACCCUGAAGUGAAAUCAGUCGGUUGGUAAACACAAUUUUCAGCCACACUUUGCUCUUUAAAGAUGUGCUUCACACUGCCAACCUGACUCACACUGACCAGAAAUGAAGUUGCGUUGUUUUUAAGUUGCUCUUUUACACAGAGUUUUGGAAACAUCGUUGUUUAACCUGCAUAAAGAAUGUUUGUUGUACCUUC